GACCGCUUUCCCAACCUCCUCUCUCUCCCUCCGCACACACGCACACUCCACACCAGAACCCACGCUCGCUCCGACGCACCUGCAUGCUCGCCCCGACGACUGCCCGGAACAAGACGACGACUCCUGCUGCGCUCUGCUCGCCUCCGCCGCGUUGCAGCUGCGAUGCAGGCCUCCAAGAAGGGCAGCUUUGCCCAACGCAUGGCCUCGGCCGCCUCGUCCGCCAUCGAGAAUUGGGACGACGAUGCCGAUUUUCAAGGCGACCUCCGUGGUGAUAUCUUCGCCAACUCCACCAGCACUGUCAAGUCCAUGUCCUCACGCCUUUCUAUCCGCUCCGAGUCCAAUGCCGGCGACGACGACUGGCAAAUGCUGCUCGCUCCCAAUGACGCCCUCUCCACCAUGCACGCAAUUUCCUCCGCGAAGCAAGCCGGCAUCCCCAUCCCCACCAGCGUUCCCCCCUCUGCCCUGCUUGGCGGCUCCAUCAAACGACUGGGCACGAAGAAGUCGAACCGCAAGAUUGUUGUUGAUGAUGAUUGGGGUCAGGACCUCGAGCUACCCCCCGCUUCCAAUGGGAAGCUGGAGCUCAAACCUCCCGCCCCGCGCACUCCGGCCGAAGACCAGGACGAAUUCGACGACUGGGGCGAGGGCAGUUUAGGAAUCCGCUUUGCCGGCACCCGCCGUGAAGCUCGAGGCGGCCGUAGCUCGUCCGUGUCCGCCAUGAGCCCUAGCUUGGGCAGUUGCAUUACCGCUGAGAGCGAGGAGGACGACCUGGCUGGCCUUGUGCUGCCGAGCGAGCCACUAGACUUCACUUCUCGACUUGAGAAACUAACCAGAAUUGACCGUUCCACUCCCGAUGUCUCCCCUCUACCCAAUACCCACCAGAGAGAUCUUCCACCUACCUCGGUACCGCCUCCUCAGCUCGCACCCUCUCCUCUUCCUUUGCCCCCUGAAAGCGAACCUGCACCCAGCCUUGGGCCGCAGCGUGGGAGAGAAACGGAAGAUGACUUCUUGGACGGUCUCGAGAUUGGAGCAGCGGAUGCCCUAGAUGUGAAGAAACUUACCUUGAACCCCAAAAUCGUGGUCAAGAAUUCUGCUCAAAAGCCUUCUGUGCCGGUCGCUGCUCGGGCAACCGCCACCAUCACCUUCUCUGACAAGCCGUCUACCUCUAGGAUACCAAGGCCUCUUCCAUCUACCCGCACCAGACUUACGCCCGUCUAUGAGUCGGGUGCGCCGGUUCUGGGUCCUACCCGACAAAUGCCCACUACCACCAGCGCCCAACUUCUGCGUGCAAAACGCUCCGCCCCUGCUCUUCGCAACAACUACCCUACUGUUCCGAGAGCGCCGGUGCCAUUCUUACCUGCUGGCAAUUCGAAUGCACAGUCCCAUCACGUGAUGACUAGAAGCUCCCAAGGUCACCUUCGACGCGACUCUGACCCUCGCCGCCCAACUUCGCCCUCAAUGAGGUCCUACUCCCGUAUGUCGACGACCAAUCCUCCCGAGGGUACCGGCCGUGCAGGGCUCCGCAAAGAAGGACAACAAACCACCGCUACCUCGCGACCUCUCAAGAGGCCUCCUAAAACGAUCUAUGGAGAUGGGACCGAGCUCGAGAUCUUUGACGACCUGCCUAUUUCUGCGUCGAAAGAGAAACAAUUCGAGAAACACCCGAAGAAUGCCCCAGCAAAGACCCUUCGCCAUCCGGCCAGCACCUCUCGCUUGCCCAUGCCCGAUCGAAUGGCAACUCCACUUCCCCAGACCCCAAGAAGUCCACCUCGGGUGGAUAGUACGCCGCGGUUCGCCCGUGAUACUGCUGCCAGUCGCAAUGCGCGCGAGCAACGUCUAGCUGGGACCAGAUCACGUGGUGAAGGACCAAUUCCCUCCACGCCCAUCAACUGGAAAGCCCAUGUCGCCGCCCGCAGUCCUCAUUCGAGCCCGACGGCACAUAGGAAGCGGGGAUCUGGCAAGCAGCCGAUGUUAAUCAAGCCAUUGUCUACCCCAGUGCAGAAGAAUGAAAAGGGCAUGACUUACAAUGCCAUCUUGCAACGAUGGGAGGGUAACGAAGAAGCCUUGAUUCCCUUCUCUCACCCCAAUACGUCGACGACCACCCUGGCCCUUACAACCGCAAGCACGCCCACUUUUGCUCCUCCAAACCAAUCAUUCCGUUCUCACGACAGGUCGCAAUCUCUUUCGCACACAGCAUUGUCAACAAUCCACGCAUCACAGAAGACAGUCUCGUCACGUGCGGUGAGAGUUUCCGCUGCACCUGUACCAUCGCCUCCACGCCCAGCGCUCAUUGCGCAGAGGAAUCGGCCACGCAGCGUCCAAUAUGAUAAUGGAAUGCGCUUCGAUCCUGUGAAGAUGAAAUGGUUCAAAGAACGAGCGCCCCGCGGGCCAGCCGACCGCGUAAUACCUCCUGUUGAUGGACCAAACGAUGAUGACGACGUUGAUCCCUUUGAGGGAAUUGAGGACCUGAAGGUCAGCGACAGUACUGCUGCUUUCAAUGCAGGUGUUGGAGCCAUGAGCUCCAAUCCAGAUGACAGCGCAUUCGUGGGCGAGGAGUUUGAUGUUGGGCCCAGCUUCAUCCGGCGACAGCGCGACGAGGAGAACGUGUGGAGAAGGAGAACAGAAGCUUGGGUCGGGGCACAUCGCGACAAUGGUCAAAAAAGAUACGAGGGCUGGAGAUGGGAGUUACGAACGCUUGCAUUGGGAGAUCCAAGGCGAUAAGACCUGUGGGGUGGUUCUACCAUCGAUCGGAAGGCGAUACGAACCACUCGAAACGUUCUCCAACUCAGUGCGACACCACCUUACAGGAUCGUUAUCUGAAGCCACCCGUUCUCUCCUGCUCUGUAGGGCAUGCAACGAUCUCAAGAAACGCACGGCAGGGGGUGUUUUGGUUCGGCGUACCCGAGAUAUCCCGUGCCUGCAUAUUGUAAGCAUAUGGGACUGAAGCCUCUUCCGCAGCAGGCUACGAUUUUACGACAUGACGACACAUAUUUUUUCCCUGGUUACGACUUUAUGACUGGAAAAUGCUACGAGGCCAUGUCGCGCUUGUAUAGAGACGGCCUUAUUAUGAUGAGUUUUUUGGUUUUUCCUUUUGGGGAUUGGGGGGUGCAUAGAAUCAACGACUUUUUGCUUGAUGUCUUGCUAUGAAAAGGGUAGCGGAUGUACAUACAAAGUAAUAAUAAUAAUACACACUGCAAG